CGCGGGGUUGCGCUGCGGGACGGGCGGGGCGCUUGGUUGCGCUGCGGGGCUCCCUGCGGGCGCGCGGCGGCGGCCGGGCGGCCCUGAGGACACAACCGCACGCGCUGCAGGCUGAGUUUCCCGGCCGUUCGCCCCCCGCCGGCGCAGCGGUGGUGCGGGCCGCCCCCCCGCCUUCCCAUGUGCCCGCCCAGGCGGGCCGCUGCUUAGCUGGUGCCGCGCGGACCUUGCGGGCUGCGGGGCUGCGGGGCGCGGGGCGCCUGCGCGGACUGCCAGCCUGCGGACGCCGGGACCCCGCGCGAUGAGGCGGAGGUUGACGUGACCGUGACUGGAGGAUCUAUAAUUCUCCCACGCUCCCCCCUCUCCACAGAGGGGAGGGUCCUCUGACCCAGGAGCAGCAUGGAGGAGGGUAAGAAGGAGUCGAUGAACCGGGCACACGUCCUCUUUGACCGCUUCGUGCAGGCCACCACCUGCAAGGGGACGCUGAAGGCCUUCCAGGAGCUGUGCGACCACCUGGACCUCAAGCCCCGAGACUACCGCUCCUUCUAUCACAAGCUCAAGUCCAAGCUCAACUACUGGAAGGCCAAGGCCCUGUGGGCCAAGCUGGAUAAGCGAGGCAGCCACAAGGACUACAAGAAGGGCAAAGCCUGCACCAACACCAAGUGUCUCAUCAUUGGAGCCGGCCCUUGCGGCCUCCGCACAGCCAUCGACCUGUCCCUGCUGGGCGCCAAGGUGGUCGUGAUCGAGAAGCGGGAUGCCUUCUCCCGAAACAAUGUGCUGCACCUCUGGCCAUUCACCAUCCACGACCUGCGGGGGUUGGGCGCCAAGAAGUUCUACGGCAAAUUCUGUGCGGGAGCCAUCGACCACAUCAGUAUCCGCCAGCUCCAGCUCAUCCUCCUCAAGGUCGCCUUGAUCCUCGGCAUUGAAAUCCAUGUCAACGUGGAGUUCCAGGGCCUGGUCCAGCCUCCCGAGGACCAGGAAAAUGAACGGAUAGGCUGGAGGGCACAGGUCCACCCCAAAACCCACCCUGUGUCAGAAUACGAGUUUGAAGUGAUCAUUGGAGGAGACGGCCGGCGGAACACCUUGGAAGGCUUCCGUCGGAAGGAGUUCCGAGGCAAAUUGGCCAUUGCCAUCACCGCGAACUUCAUCAACCGGAACACCACGGCGGAAGCCAAGGUGGAAGAGAUCAGUGGCGUGGCUUUCAUAUUCAACCAGAAGUUUUUCCAGGAGCUCCGGGAAGCCACAGGUAUUGACUUGGAGAACAUUGUUUACUACAAAGACGACACGCACUACUUCGUCAUGACAGCCAAGAAGCAGAGUUUGCUGGACAAAGGCGUGAUUCUGCAUGACUAUGCAGAUACGGAGCUGUUGCUCUCUCGGGAGAACGUGGACCAAGAGGCUCUGUUGAGCUAUGCCCGGGAGGCAGCCGACUUCUCCACGCAGCAGCAGCUGCCGUCCCUGGACUUUGCCAUCAACCACUAUGGGCAGCCGGACGUGGCCAUGUUCGACUUCACGUGCAUGUACGCCUCGGAGAACGCGGCCCUGGUGCGUGAGCAGUACGGACACCAGCUCCUCGUGGCGCUGGUUGGGGACAGCCUCCUGGAGCCUUUCUGGCCCAUGGGAACAGGAAUAGCCCGGGGCUUCCUAGCAGCCAUGGACUCCGCCUGGAUGGUCCGCAGCUGGUCUCUAGGAACAAGCCCACUGGAAGUCCUGGCCGAAAGGGAAAGCAUCUACAGGCUUCUACCUCAGACCACCCCUGAGAACGUGAGUAAAAACUUCAGCCAGUACAGCAUCGACCCGGUCACCAGAUACCCCAAUAUCAACAUUAACUUCCUGCGACCAGGCCAGGUGCGCCACCUCUACGACACUGGAGAAGCAAAAGACAUUCAUCUAGAAAUGGAGAGCCUGGUGAAUUCACGAACAACUCCAAAGCUGACACGCAAUGAGUCCGUGGCGCGCUCCAGCAAGCUGUUGGGCUGGUGCCAGAGGCAGACGGACGGCUACGCGGGUGUCCACGUGACCGACCUCACCAUGUCAUGGAAGAGCGGGCUGGCCCUGUGUGCCAUCAUCCAUCGGUAUCGCCCCGACCUGCUAGACUUCGACUCUCUAGAGGAGCAGAACGUGGAGAAGAAUAACCAGCUGGCCUUCGACAUCGCCGAGAAGGAACUGGGCAUCUCCCCCAUCAUGACGGGCAAGGAAAUGGCCUCGGUCGGGGAGCCUGACAAGCUGUCCAUGGUGAUGUACCUCACGCAGUUCUACCAGAUGUUCAAGGACGCCCUGCCCUCCAGCGACGCCCUGGACCUGAAUGCAGAGGAGAAAGCCGUGCUCAUUGCCAGCACCAAGUCCCCCAUCUCCUUCCUGAGCAAGCUGGGGCAGACCAUCUCCCGCAAACGCUCCCCCAAGGACAAAAAGGAGAAGGACUUAGAUGGUGCUGGAAAGAGGAGGAAGACCAGCCAGUCGGAAGAGGAGGAUGGACCCCGGGCCUGCCGAGGACGGCCCAUGCUGGUGAGCACGCUGACCGACAGAAGGACGGACGCGGCCCUCGGCAACCAGAACAAAGUGAAGUACAUGGCAACCCAGCUGCUGGCCAAGUUUGAAGAGAAUGCACCCCCACAGUCCACUGGUGUGCGGAGACAGCCAACACAAGAGCAUGGGGCCCACUGCCGACCUGCGCCCACCCCCCGGUGGAAACAGCGACGAGAAACGGAUCUCUCUCGGACCUGCCCCAAAAAAGUGAUCACGCUCUGUCCCCCUCCGUCUCCGCCGCCCCCCUGGGGGCUGCGGGGCCGCCAGCAGAUGAGCGUUGGUGCUGACAGCCAUGGCCAGCAGAGCACCCAGCGCAGGAGGCCAGAACCAGAGCCUUUUCGUCGAUUCCUUGUGGACCAGCGGGAGCUUGCUCUCAGCCUCCACUCUUCCCAGCGCCCCGCCUCUCCCUCCUCCUCCUCUGACUCCCUCCGACAGAAGUAUAUAAAGAUGUACACAGGCGGAGUGAGCUCACUGGCCGAGCAGAUAGCCAGUCAGCUCCAAAGGAAAGAACAGCCCAGAGCCCUUCUAGACAAGAAGGAAGUGGCCUCCAUAAAGAAGGAGUUCCCGCAGAACCUGGGCGGCAGCGACACAUGCUACUUCUGCCAGAAGCGGGUGUACGUGAUGGAGCGGCUGAGUGCUGAGGGCAAGUUCUUCCACCGCAGCUGCUUCAAGUGCGAGUACUGUGCCACUACACUGCGUCUGUCUGCCUACGCCUACGACAUCGAGGAUGGUAAAUUCUACUGCAAACCUCACUACUGCUACCGGCUUUCUGGUUCCGCUCAGAGGAAGAGGCCUGCUGUGGCCCCGCUCUCAGCAAAGGAGGCCAGAGGAGCCCUGCAGGACGGGCCUGCCACCGCCACAAGUGGACGGGCCAGCGCCAUGGCCAGCCCCCCCGAGAGGACUCCAGCAGGUGCAAGAGUCAACGGGCUGGAGGAGCCCAGCGUGGCCAAGCGGCCGAGGGGCACCCCCGAGAGGAUCGAGCUGGAGAACUACCGCCUGUCCCUGAAGCAGGCAGAGGAGCUGGAGGAGGUGCCCGAGGAGACGCAGGCCGAGCACAACCUGAGCAGCGUGCUGGACUCGCGCACCGAGGAGGACACGGGCAGCAGCAGCUCAGAAUCUGAGAUGGAUGAGGAAGAAGAGGAGGAGGAGGAGGAGCUGCUGCCCACCUCAGACCUGGGUGGCGUCCCCUGGAAGGAAGCUGUACGGAUCCACGCUCUCCUGAAAGGGAAGAGCCAAGAGGAGCUGGAGGCCUGCAAGAGCUUCAAGCCUGGAAACGAGGAGGAUGAGGAGGAGGAGGAGGAGGAGGAGGGAGAGGAGAACGAGGAGGAGGAGGACGAGGAGUCCAGUGAAGAAGGGGAGUACUGCCCCUGGGACAGAGAACUUCGGCAAGGCCAGUGGCUCCAGCUCCUGUCACGAGACGUCACCUUGGGUACUUGUAAAGUAAUUGGAGGCCCAAGACUACAGCAGACCCCACCUGCCGCUGACCCCCUGGCCAUCCAGGCCGACGUGCACUGGACGCACGUACGUGAGAAAGAGGAGGAGGAGAGGACGGUGCCCACGUCCGAGUCCUCUGCUUCCCGAGUGCCCGACCUUCCCUCCCUACGCCGCGCGGCAGUGCAGGCCUGGCUGGAGACGGUGCCCGGAGGUAUCCCAUUCGAUGAGGAAGACGUGGACUCGGAGCCGGCCGAGAUAGAAGAGGAAGCGGCAGAGAAUGGGCACACAGGGGACACGGGGGACACCGGUGCUGAGCUGGAUGACGAUCAGCAUUGGUCUGAUGACCUCCCGUCAGAUGCCGACACAGAGCUGCGCGCCUGGCGCCAAGCAGAGCUAGAGCUCAGGGUCUCGGAGGAUGAGGAAGAGGAGGAAGAGCGGCCUCCCAGCCCAGGGUGCAGAGACACAGCUUCCUCCCCAGUGGGCAGUCCAGGCCAUAUCCACGAGGAGCGCCCUGUCCUGUUUCCCCCAAUCUUCUUCCCUGAGGCCCAGGAAGACCAUGCCCCUGUGGCCCCUGUGGCCCCCAAGGUGCCAUCCCCCAAGGACCGCCUCUUCCCUGAGCUGUCUCUCCCCAAGGAGCAGCCCCAGGCAAAAGCCACCACAGAGCAGACGGCCUCGGCCCCCAGCUCGCCCAUCCGCUCCCAGCCCCUGGCUCAGCCUGAGGCCCGCUCCCCUGCCAUGCCCGCCAGCCCGGUUCCUCCAACCCCCUCCUCCACGCCGCCCACCCAGCUUCCCAUAUGUUCCCAGCCACAGCCGGCCUCCGAUGCUGCCAUCCCUUCGCCCACCGCGUCCCCCAUCUGCUUCCAGCCCGGCCCUGCCAAGACCUCCACCCCCCUAGCCCCACGGGACAGGCCAGGCAGCCCCCUGGUCGCAGACGAGGCCCUGUCUCGGACUGACCUGGUGGCUGAGUUCUGGAUGAAGAGUGCAGAGAUCCGCCGCAGCCUGGGCCUCACACCCGUGGCCCGGGGCUCCCAGCCCCCUGGGACCCUGAAAGCCUUAGCUGUGGAGCAGACCCCCCAGAGCAAGGGGCCGCACCUGCUCAAGCCCCCUCCACUCACCUCCAGGAGGAUAGGGCCACCCGGGUCGGACGGGGAGUCGCCCCCACUGCCCACCCCCAAGUCCUCACCCUCAGAGACCCCCAGCUCCCGGGAGGAGCGCAAGGAGCCAUCCAGCAGCUCGGGGCUGGGCUUGAAUGGCAGCAGCUCCAACACCAAGACCCUGGGCAGCCAGAGCUUCCCUACGUCCGACUCCACCAUGCUCACCCCACCCUCCAGCCCCCCGCCGCCCCCGCCCCGAGACGAGGAGCCCGCCACCCUGCGCAGGAGGGCCCCCCAGCCUGGCACAGAGCAGAGGGGCCCUGUCACUCUGCGGGCCCCCCGGGAGCCCACCCCCAUCCCGCGAGAGGAGGUGCGCAAGUCCUUUGUGGAAAGCGUGGACGAGAUCCCCUUCGCCGACGAUGUGGAGGACACCUACGAGGAGCAGACAGAGGACUCAAGCCUGCAGGAGACCUUCUUCACACCGCCGUCCUGCCCACGUCCGACACCACUGCUGUCGCCCCCGGCCCCCACACGGCCCAGGGAGAAUGGCAGGCUACCCGUCGUGUCCCCUGAGGCCAAGGAGCUGGCACAGGAGCGCAUGCGGGCCCGGGAGAAGUCGGUCAAGAGCCAGGCCCUGCGGGACGCCAUGGCCCAGCAGCUGAGCCGCAUGAAGGAGCUGGACACCGUGGCUGUGGGCGGCGCCUCCCGCAGGCCCAAUGGGCCCCCCAAGAGCAAGGAGAGGGGCCACCCCCAGGCCUCCCAGGCAGCCAUCCCCAGAGGCCCUGAGGAGCCCGCUCUGCAGCGGCAGGAGGCCACCAGCGAGGAGGUGCUGUCUCCACCCUCAGACUCAGGGGGCCCUGACGGCUCGGUCACCUCCUCCGAGGGCUCCAGUGGGAAGAGCAAGAAGCGGUCAUCCCUGUUCUCCCCACGCCGGAGCAAAAAGGAGAAGAAACCCAAGGGGGAGGUCCGGCCCCCCGAGCAGUCUGGCCUAGGCCCCCCGGAGGAGGCUGCCACCACCAAGCCCAAGUCCCUGUGGAAGGCCGUCUUCUCGGGUUACAGGAAGGACAAGAAGAAGAAGGGGGACGACAAGUCCUGCUCCAGCACCCCAUCCAGCGGCGUCACGGUGGACUCGGGCAGGCACCGGCUGUCCCCCAUCAUCCGGGCAGAGCUGCAGCUGCGACGCCACCUCAGUUUCUCUGAAGACUCCGACCUCUCCAGUGACGACAUCCUCGAGCGGUCCUCCCAGAAGUCCAAGCGAGAGCCGGUCUUCGUGCCCCGAGCCCUGGCACCCGGGAGACCGUGCGCGUCAAAGCCCAGAACCUACACGGAGGAUGAGCUGAGUGCCAAGCUGACACGCCGCGUGCAGAAGGCGGCCCGGAGGCAGGCCAAGCAAGAGGAGCUGAAGAGGCUACACCGUGCCCAGAUCAUCCAGCGGCAGUUGGAGCAGGUGGAGGAGAAGCAGCGGCAGCUGGAGGAGAGGGGCGUGGCUGUGGAAAAGGCGCUUCGUGGAGAAGCAGACUAUUGGGGAGAGUCUUAUUACAGUGACCUCAUCGACUUGCACCUGGGUGUUGAGCCCAGUGGCGGGACUCCACGGCGCAGACCUCUCUCCUUCUGCCCUUGCUGUGUCCAGGAAGGCAUGGGCAAGAAGGAUGACCCCAAACUGAUGCAGGAGUGGUUCAAGCUGGUACAGGAGAAGAACGCCAUGGUGCGCUACGAGUCGGAGCUGAUGAUCUUUGCCCGGGAGCUGGAGCUGGAAGACCGACAGAGCCGCCUACAGCAGGAACUUCGAGAGCGAAUGGCGGUAGAAGAUCACCUGAAGACGGAAGAGGAGUUGUCAGAGGAGAAGAAGAUUCUGAACGAGAUGUUGGAUGUCGUGGAGCAGAGGGACGCCUUGGUGGCCCUGCUGGAGGAGCAGCGGCUACGGGAGAAAGAGGAGGACAAGGACCUGGAAGCUGUCAUGCUGUCCAAGGGCUUCAGCCUCAACUGGUCCUGAAUGCCCCUACCCAUGCUCAGGUCUGCCCAUCAGUGGCCCCUGCUGCGCCUGGGCUGGGCACUCCCAGACCACCUGGCCCACCACCUAAGGGGGCCCGGCACCUCCUGACAGUUUGCACGCACAAGUCCACGUGCCUCCUGAACGCUAUCGGGUGUCACUGUUCUGGGGAGCCACACACACAUGGCCCCAGGAAGAUGACUAAAAGAGUCGCCUCAGCCUCUGUGGUGAGGCCCAGCCUGGCUGCCUGCCUCAGGAGAGGGACUUGGAAAAGGAAAAUAGUCCUAGAAAACCUUCUCUCUUCCUCUGCCAAGUUGGAUCUGAGAAAGGAGUCACUUCCUCUGUGGAAACCACAGCCACGGGGCUGCACCUCCAGCUGCCCACUUCCCGCUCCCAGAGCCACCAAAGACACAAAGAAGACACCCCGGGAGAGGAAGGACAUCUGGUCAGGGUGCACCUGGUCCCGCAGCGCAAAGGGCCAGCUCGGCAUCCCUGCCGCAAGUGAGGAGGCCCAGGAGGGGAUUGAUCCCCAGCCCCACGGCUCACACUGGACACCCUCUCUCCCACCCCCAGUGGCCAAACACCCAGGGCUGUGGCCUGAGGCCUGUGGCUUGCUGCCUUUUUGCUUUUCCUUCACACCUGUUUUUGACACUGGAAAAUCCUGACUUGGGGCAGCCCUGCGUCUCAGUACACCCCGCCGCGCACGUGCGUGCGCGCACACACACUGACACACAGGCUGAGGUGAGGUGGCUGAUUCCUGUGUUUUCACAUUGCAAUGAAGCUGAUGCCCUGGUGCGUGUGCGAUGCCUAGCCACCCUGGACCCCUCUCCCUUUUUUUUUUUUUUUUUGGAUUAACUUAUUUUUUAAUACUUGAAAAGAAGUGACUUCGUUUUUUAUAUCUUUCCUAAAGACACUGGGCACCUGGAGCAGGAGCAGCUGAGGAGUCCUUGCCGAGCUUCACACAUGCACACACACGCACACACAUGCACACACACGUGCACACACGCACAUCACCAGGCUGACCCACACUGUCACAGCCUUGUAUUUAUUAGCUGUCGCCUAUAGUGUUACUGACGCCCAUCCCCCCCAAUACAGCAGGGGGCACUCUCCUAGGGUCCUUGCUCCCUGGGCUGCACCUCACUGCUGGCACCAGACUCCUCUUCUGUCUGCCCCUCAGCACUGCUGGGGACCCUUUCAGAAUCCUGGCUCUGGAGAGCCCACUUUUCUGCAAUUCUGGUGCCCAGGCUUCACCUCCCACAGAACAUUUCGUUAAACAAACAAACAUAAAAAAGGUUUGAGGAUCAGCCUCCUCUAGGCCAGCUGAGAAGGUGUGUGGGACUCCUGCCCUGGCCUCCCCGCACGCACGAUCCACCUGGCUCACAGGAAUUCCCUCUGGUCUCAGAACCAGCCAGGGAGAGUACAGGUGAGGCUUUUGCCUGGCCUCUCACUGACGGGACACUCCAGGUGAGAAAGCCUUCCCUGUCUGCUUAAGCCAGAUGCCACUCCUGAAUCCCACCAGGCUGGCCGAGGGGCAGUGCCAGUGCACCACCAGACCUAGUCCACAGUGACUCCUCUGGUUGGCUCCUGCCUACAGGGGGGCCAGAGUAGUGAGAACAGGACUAGCACCCCCUCAAGGUCCCAAGGGUAGCACAGCCCAGUCCCCCUGGGUCUCCAGCUUCCCUGGAGAGCCACUCUGUGCCUCACGUCGGACCUUGGCUCAACCCACAAAGGAGCAGAGCACCUCUGCUCCAAAAGCUGCCAUCUCUCUCCUGUGGAACCCAGGAGGUGUGCUUCAAGCUGCCGGCACCACUCUGGCUUCACAGCCCUCUUGUGACGGGGGCAGAGUUCUGUUUUUAUUCUCCUGAAUAAAAGAUGGGACAUUCUAGGUUCCAUCUUGAGCCCCCAAUCUUCCAAUAAACCUGAACUUGGGACAGGA